AUGCGCCUAACUUACGUCUUGCUGGCCGCUGCGUCGACCCUAUUCGCCCGCCACGUCACCUCUACCCCCUACUUCGCUAACGAUGUUGCGCUAACCGGUGUACUGUCACUGGGCUUCAUUCACUUCGUUGGCGCUGACCAAAGUGUAAGCGACCAGUCCCGGUUUCUCAGAGGCGGCAGCAUCGACGAAGAUGACAACGAAGAGAUAAACUUUCUGGAGCUUGUUAAGCAAGCGAUGACUAACAACUUUGUUAACAAGCUGAUGAAGAAGAGCUCGUUUUCGGAUCUCGAGAAAAUUGACGACUUUGGGGAGCUCAAGAGGAUUUCGACUAUUAUAGAUGACAAGCUGAAUAAUCUGUUCAAGCAGGCUGACGAUGCGAACAAGAGUCCCGACGAACUGGCCAAGAUACUGAAAGAAAUGCCAGAUGUCGACGAUGCCCUGACGGCUAAGACAUUGGAAAUGUACACUGACUACUUGAAAGCAGUCGGCGUAAGAGUCCCCACGUAG